AUAAUCCUACGAGAUCAAUAUGAUAAGCGCCAAGAAACUCAUCAAGAUGGCAAGAAAAUGGCAGAAGUUCGCAGCAAAACAAAGGAAAAAAAUUUCUUUUCCAAGAUCCAAUUACGAUGAUGCAGAGAGUUGCAGCAUAUCAUCUUCUAUAGUUGGUAAAGGGAAUUUUGUGGUAUAUACUACUGAUCAGAAGCGAUUUGUGGUUCCGUUGGCUUACCUUCAACACGAGGCAAUCAGACAACUAUUACACAUGUCUGAAGAAGAGUUUGGACUUCCAAGUGAUGGUCCUAUCACAUUACCAUGUGAUGCACAGUUCAUGAACUAUAUCAUAUCACUUAUUGAAAGAGGUCUAUCUGCAGAUCUUCAGAAUGCUUUGCUUGUUUUUGUACCUACAAGUCGAUGCUCAUCAGCUUCAUACCUUCAAGAACAACGAAACUCGCAAUUGCUAGUUUGUUAAUCUAACUUUGAUAAGUUUUGUAGUGGAUAUAUGAUACUCAACAAGUGUAGAGAAUGUUAACAUUUAUAUACAUCAUUUUCUUGACUCCAACUUGUGCUAUUC